AGCCACAGUCACCCUUGCUUACAUAACUCAAGCGAAAACCCACCACAAAGUAAUCGCAAAUAAAAUCUUAUCGCCAACUUACGCCAGCAGCCAGCACCACAAAGAGAGCAAGUGGGGUAAUUCACAACACCAAAUCCAAUCACGCACCACCCACGCAUCUUUCCAAUAUUCGCACACGAGAACACGAUACAUAGGGCACACGCAAAUCCCUUCGACGACUUUCGUCGCAUCAAACCGCAAUCAUGGCGCCGAGUUUCGACCAUCUACCAGAUCCCGAGGAGGACUACGACGAGGAUGAGCUCGACUUUUCCGAUCUUCGCGAGCGAUUCGAAGUGCAGCUGGAGCAAGGGCUAGAUACAUUCGUGGUUAUCGACGGUCUACCAGUUGUCACCGAGGAGACCAGACCCAAACUGAUUAAAUUCUUACUGCGGAAAUUGAACGCUGUGGGCAGAACGCGAGAAGACUCGAUUUUCAUGCCGAUUGGAGAAGAUGGAAAAUCACACAGGUAAUUUUUUUCCGAGCGUAUCAGCAAUAUCUGGUACUGAUGAAAUUCAGUUUCGCCUUCAUCGAGUACUCGGAGCCCGCUGAGGCGGUUGCUGCCUGCAAGGCCCUCGAUAUGGUUCAGCUCGACAAGAAGCAUCAACUCAGAGUAAACAAGAUGACCGAUAUUGACCGAUUUGGACGAGAAGGGCGAAUUGACGAGCACUACACACCCCCAAAGAUCGAAGAGUUCACAGAAAAGGAACACUUGCGAUCGUGGAUUGCAGACCCAAGUGGCCGUGGUAGAGAUCAGUUCGUCAUGUACAAAGACGAUCGAGUUCAGGUCCUUUGGAACAACGAGAAAGAUGCGCCAGAGAGUAUUGUGGAUCGCCAGCACUGGACUGAGUCAUUUGUGGCAUGGACACCACAAGGAACAUAUUUGACCUCGAUGCAUCAGCAGGGUGUACAACUUUGGGGAGGACCUUCAUGGACUCGUCAAAAGCGUUUUGCCCAUCCCUUCGUGAACUUGGUUGAUUUCUCACCUGGAGAGAAGUAUCUCACCACCUGGUCCAACCGCCCCAUCUCCAUCCCCGAAGAAGGUCAUCCAGCGUUGACUGUCGAGGAUGAUGGCAAGAAUUAUGUCAUUUGGGAUAUCGAGACUGGAAAGCCUCUCCGUUCUUUCGCCAAUAUUGAGCUUCCCAGCAACAGCACAGAUGAGGCAGGAUUACCAGUCAAACGAAAAAUCAUCUGGCCAGCAUUCAAGUGGUCUUCUGAUGACAAGUACGUCGCUCGGUUGACACAAGGCACCUCUAUUUCAGUUUACGAAUUGCCAAAGAUGAAUCUUCUUGAUAAAACAACAAUCAAGAUUGAUGGUGUCAUGGACUUUGAUUGGGCACCAGCAACACCUCGUCGGGAUGGCAUCAAGACAUAUGAACAGCUUUUCUGCUAUUGGACUCCUGAAAUUGGCAGCAACCCUGCAAAGGUUGGAUUAAUGAGUAUUCCUUCAAAGGAAAUCGUAAGAACGUUGAAUCUCUUCAGUGUCACAGAUGCGAAAUUGCACUGGCAGUCAGAUGCUUCCUACCUGUGUGUCAAAGUGGACCGACACUCGAAAUCGAAGAAAUCGUUGGCUACCAGUCUUGAAAUUUUCCGAGUUCGUGAGAAGGGUGUACCAGUUGAAGUUGUUGAUUCAAUCAAGGAUACUGUCAUCAACUUUGCUUGGGAGCCAAAAGGCAACAGAUUUGUGAUCAUUACCACAGCUGAAGUUGUUGCCCCAUCGGCUGUUCCACCAAAAACCUCCGUUGGCUUCUACUGCCCCGAGAAAGUCAAGGGAAAUGGCGUUGGUAACUUCAAGCAUAUCAGAACAUAUGAUAAAAAGAACAGCAAUGCCAUCUUCUGGUCGCCCAAGGGACGUUUUGUUAUUGUGGCCACAGUCCAUUCCCAGCAGAGUUACGAUAUGGAAUUUUUCGAUCUGGACUUCGAGGGUGUAGCCGAGAGGCCGGACAGCGAGAAGGAUUUGACUGCCAACUUGCAGCUAAUGAAUGUCGCUGAUCACUAUGGUGUUACUGAUAUUGACUGGGAUCCUACCGGAAGAUUCGUUGCCACCAGUGCCAGUAUCUGGAAGCAUACCGUAAGUUUACAGCUUUGAGAAUCGCGCGCACUGUACUAAUUCAUGAUUUAGAUGGAGAACGGUUACCAUCUGUAUGAUUUCAAGGGUGAGCAGCUUCGGGAAGAGCCUGUGGAGAAGUUCAAGCAAUGGCUCUGGCGCCCAAGACCACCACCACUUCUCACAAAGGAAGAACAGAAGACUAUCCGCAAGAACCUCCGUGAAUACAGCAAAACCUUUGACCAAGAAGAUGCUGACCGGGGCGCCUCCGCCGAUCUUGCUGUUGUUGAGCACCGAAGAAGAUUACUCGAUGAGUGGAUGGCAUGGAGAGCAAGCAUCGAAGAGGAAGUCAAGGAAGACCGCGAGGCUCUUGGCUUACCUUUGGAUCCAAUUGAAGGCUUGAUCAAGAAGACUGAUUCUAGUGAAGACCAAGUCAUUGAGGAGAUUGUCGAGGAGAUCGUCGAGGAAACCGAGGAGGUUAUGCCGUGAGACUUGAAAAUGUAGCAACGUUUUAUGUUUCUCUCUCACUUCAUACCACGAUGUUUCCAUUUUAUGUCGAUGCUUGGAGUUUUUGCACAUAUCUUUUUUUGCAAGAUUUCCCAUCGGAUGGGAUGCCUUGGAACCUAGAGAAGCCUUCCAGGUUGGUCUGGAGGGGUUCUAGAUAUGAAUGCAUGAAAACUCAAAGAUUUAAAAAAACAAAACAAAAGCAUAGCUGGCUGCCUUGUCAAUCCCAUCUAAUUGAAAAUUCUAUAAUAACUCUGCAAGUUUUCUGCUGGUGAUGGAUGUUUGAUAACGAGGUAGCUUAUAAGAAACAUUAUUAUCUAAUGUCAGGCUUAGCUUACUCUGGGCUAUCACUGUUAAAAGCAGUCCAAGGAACUAUAGCAAUUUGACAGAAGAGCUUUGUAUAGCAUUUAAACAAAAGUAUUGAAGUUAUAAAGAUAUUAUCCUAAAGACCUGACACAAUUAAAACAAUUAUAAGAAUGGUUUGGAAUGAUUGUUAAUUUUUAGUUUAUUGUGCGAGGGGAAAUAGGAUAAUUGAGGUACUUGUGCUAGAGUUUUG